AUGAACAAAAACGGAACAGCUAAAAUGAAUGAUAAUCAAAUUAGAGCAGAAGGUAGAAGGUUAUUUAAACACUUCUAUAACAUUCCUGAUGGUGUUAAUCCUAAAACUCGUAGAAGCUAUUUAAAUGAAGCAAUAGAUGCAUAUGAAGGGUUUGACAUUUCAUCAGAAAGUGAGAGAUUAGCGAGAAUGUUAAAUGUUAAUAUUGAUUUCUAUUAUUGUGAUCCUCAACCAGAAGACGUGGACAUAAAUAAGGUAGACUUUCCAUUAGUGGAAUCAAUAAUGAUAGAUCCAGAAUUUGAAACAGUAAAUAUUUUAUUAACACAGAGUCCAUGUGGAAAACUUCACGCUGACAGAAUAACAGACGUAGAAGCACUCACCGGCUAUAAAGUUUGUCCAUAUUGUAAAGAAGAAGUUUAUUCUAUCCGCGAUGAUCCAGAAAGGAAAAACCAAAGAAGAUUUUUAAAGCAUUGUGAGAAAUGUAAAGAAAAUAAUGGAAGAUUAAUUCAAGACGUUCAGUUGCAAAAGACCCAGCAACCAUAUACACCACAUAUUACGAAACAGAAGAUAUAUCAGUGGUUAUUAGCUCACAAUUUGCAGAAAUAUUAUAAACCGACAAGAUAUUAUAUUACCUUUGACUUUGAAACAUUAGAGACUAAAGAAGAAUUACAACUUUCUGAGUGUGCAACUUUGAAUGCUUACUUAAAACCAUUCAUG